AUCAGAUUAUUGAGUUUAGUCAGCGAUGACGGGUCCCAUACCUAUUACCAAACAAAGAUGAAUAAUGCUACUACAAACAUAACAAGUAGUACGUACAACUCCGGUUCAAACCGACAGCGAAAUACAUAUAUGCUCAUUGGUUUCUCAUUCAUUAGCCUGCUUAUGAUAGGAAUAUUCCUGGCUUUUGUACACCGGAAGUGCAGAAAAUCGUCGUCAAGUGCAAAACAGUGGUGUUUAUCUUGUUGUUCCCGUCAACCGGAAAAUCGGUGUCCUUCUGUGUCGCGAACAGAGGAAGUAACUGGGACGGAACAGGCCACAGCGCAAGUCAAACCGGAACCGGAACAUCUCUACGAGAAUAUUGCGUUUACAGAUGACGAUGGCAAAAUAACAAAGGAAGUCAUUGUCAAAGAAAAAUGUGUCAAUUUUAGAUCAGAAAUGCCACAAUGCUCCGGAUUUUGUGAUACUGAGGAUGAUUCAGGAAUAUCUGAUGUUUGUACAAGUCCGAGAUGUUCCGAAAGUAAUUCUUCGAUAGAUACCCGAUAUUUUGCUUAUGAUAAAAAUAACGGAUUACAUGUGUACUAUAAUGACGGUUUUGAUAACCAUAACGAAUCGAGAGGAAUUAUACGUGUGCUAAUGCCGGAAAAUCUGGACACUGGAUAUAUCCAACAGAAGCGAAAUAAAAAUGCUCACGUCUAUGAGAACAUUAACAAGGAUCAACACACAUAUGUGAAUGUAGCAAAUAAACGGAGCAUGUCACCGGCAAGGUCGCAACAGAAGCAGCAGAAACAACAACAUUAUAUGCAGCAACAACGACGUUUCCGUGAGAGUGAUGCAGGAGAACAUAGCAUGCGCAUAAGACACCCGGAUGUUUAUACAAUACAGCCAAAGUACAAUACGGAUCCUAAUUACGAGAAUUUAAAACCAGAAAAAAGACUAGAGCAUCUCCGAUCAGACUCAGUAUAUUAUGUAAAUGACCAUAGUACCGACAGGGCGUUAGAAGCUCUUGGAAACAGCUUUCGGCGUUCACAGCGGAAAUGGCAGCAGAACAGUCUGUCACACGAUGUGUCGUCACCAAGUAAUACUUAUAUAGACAUUAGUGGGAAAGAAAGCCCCCCGUCUAAAGCACGUCAUAUGCGUGGCUUCUACAGAAACUCACCGGGUAGAAGGUAUACCGGCCCCCGUAGACUUUACAAUAACUCUUCGUCUGAGAGCAGCCCUCUCCCGACCAGUCAGGUACGAGAAAGGGAAAAACGUCUUGUGACGCAAUAUGUUAAGGCUGCCGAUGGUACAUUACGUGCCAUAACGUUACAUAUGUGAGCACAUGGAAUAUUACCAUGUGACAUCGAAGGAAUUAUGAAUGUAACUUGUGAUCCUAUUACCUUCAUCUUUGGCUAGGGGAAGCUCUGUGUGUAAAUCAAACUUCAAUGAGUGCCUUAUAAACGUAAAUAUACUUUAAAUAAACGCAAUAUCGACGUCAUAUUACGUUGAAUAGUGUCAAUAAUGUCAUUAGUUAUGUCCUACAAUGACACAUCACUGAAGGAUAAUCGACGAAGUGUUGUCUAUAUGGUCAUAUAUAUUUCAGUAUUAUUAGAAAGAAACAUAUCAUCUUAAUCUUACCUGUAUUGUGUAUAUUAAAAACCAUAAUGAUGAAUAAUUUUACAUUGUGUUUUUGACCUGAAACAAAUAUUGGUUCCACACUCCGAAGACAUUGGAUGACCAGGCAAGGUACAGGUCAUAUCAAAUUAAUUGGGAGCGCUUUAAAUUGGUUAUAUAUCGUUAUAGAAGUUAGAUCGUACAAAAUAUGCAAGUCCACAAUGUUUUGUAACGUCGUACUAAAUUUAGUUACUAAUAUGACUUCAUGAUUCUCUGUUGAUUUUUUUAAAACUGUUGGACAAUGGAGUCGUGUGCGGGAAACUUAACAUAGUGUGUAAUUGUUAUGAGACGUAAUCUCCUCCAACUUGUGUCCAUUGGUGAUCACUUCAUCUAACUCUGGUUAGGUAAUUUUCAGAUUUCAUAAUACACACGAAAAUACUUAGACCAAACUACAACUGUAUGUUAUAGAAAUCGUCGGCUGUCAAAACCACUGACGUCAUUAUGUCCUAUAACAAACGAGUUUUCGCCAUAUGUACAUAAACAUCAACAAGGUUAUUGACUUUCUGAUUUGAGAAACAAUAGUCGGUGUUUUGACAUCUGUUUUAUGAUUUAUCUGUGUAAUGAAGCAUGCAUUUGAGGGAAAAGCCACUCCUAAAUACAGGACGGGGAUUUUUAAAAUGUUUCCAGAUGUCAUCGUGAACGCGAUAUCUCAGAACUAUCUUAGUAUCAACAUAUCAUCUGUCAAAGUGUUUUGUCAAAAGAUUACACACACCAAUAGUUUUCCACGUCAGAUCAAAAGCGUGUGUCAGUUUAGUAAUAAUAAAGGACGGAAAAACAAAUGUGUCCAGUGUAAAAUAUUAACAACUCCCUCAUUAAGGAAAAGUCAAUAUUAUAUAUUAUAGUAGAUAGGAAACUGAUAUUCGGACAAUAAAACGUAAAUACAGUUAUCCUGAUUGCAAAACAACCUAUUAAUACAGCAUGCUAUCUAAAAACAAAUUAUAAUAGACCGACAUAUAUUAUAAACUUCCAAAUGAAUUGGAAAACGGCGGAAACUUUUCGAUAUCUCAUGAAUUCUAAAUUUGCUGACAAUAUUCCAGAUUUCCUUAUACUUAAUGCUAUGAUUACCUAUCGUAUGUUCCUGACAUAAUAUUUGUUCACUAUUCAUAUAUCAUUAUACAUGUAUAUUGAUAUGACCAAAGGGCAGCACGCAACUUCUGUCCAUCAGCCAUUAGUAUAUCAGUCAUAAAAUUUGUGUCGCAGUAUGGAUUCAGUGAUAUAUUUCGAAUGCUGACAGAUGCAGGUCUCUUGUUAGUGACGUUAAUUUGCUUGACUUUUACCUAGAUGUAAUUAGUCGGUGUCGAUGAAAUAGAAGCCGCUUAACUCUGAAGGGAACAUCUGGUCUUAUUUUUCCUUUUUCAAAUGGUUCUUUGUUAAACUUUCCUUCGAUAAUAUCGUUUUCCUAGUUCUAUUGAUUUUGAGCUAGAAUUUCGGUUUUGUUUACUCUCCAGUACACGUAUUCUUUUUCUGAUUUCCUUCAGGUCUACUUAAAUUUGAAAAUAAAACACAUUCUAUGGCCAGUUGAUAACUGUAGGGAUAAAAGUCAACUAUAUGAGACAUUUUCAAAUGUAUAUUACAUUACAAUGUAUCUGCAAGUGUAUAUAACAUUAAUUAUUUUCCAUUCUUAAAAUAAGACUCUAAAAACAAAUACUAGAAAAUAAGUACUUGAUACAUUGGCUGCACUUAUAUAUUUUAGCUCCAGCUACAUGGGCUAUAGUUUGCUCUACGUGAACAUCUUUCACUUUGACAAUUGUGUGCGAGAUAUGUUCUACUGGUGCGUUGUUUAUGCAUGUCCAUAUAUUCCGUCUUUUCGUAUUGCUGAGUUAUCUGCCCUUGUGAGCAGGCAU